GCCCCUUCAUGUUAACAGACAGAUUGCAUCUUGAUUGCGUCCGAUACGGUAUCUGGUUGUCGUCGUCGGCCUCAUUUAAAGUAAAUGGCAUUCUCCCCCGGAAAAGCUCGGUCUGUCCGCAGACCAUGGCCCUGGAGACUGGGCAGGCCAGGCCGCAAGGGUCUUGAGCUGUUUGGACCACGGGUUCGUGAUGCUUCUUUUUUCUGGCACACUCGCGUACAUGCAUAUGUGCGGUAUCAUGGAUUGCCAAGGGCGGAGGGGUUGCCUCGUCCAGGCCUGCACAUCGAUCAUGGCCCGUCCUUGCCCUGCACAGCCUGUAGCCGGAGAGCGAGGAGCCAAGACAUGUUCCGCCGUGAGCCCGAAACAUUGGAAAUGUUUCUCCCUUUUCUCGGGAUCGAAUUGACUUGCUCCCUUUCAGUUCCAGUGGCGGGAGCGAGAGCAUCCGUCGGGUCGCAUGAGAAAAUCGAAGUGGACGUUUUCAUGCGGGCAGGAAGAAGGGUCCCUAACGCAGACGGGACUGGACGAGCAGCAUUUGGCUCCGACGGCCGUUUCUGGUGGUCCGACAGAAGGCGGUUGCCGGCGGCCGCUAAGACGGCAAAGGGGUAUCGGGUCCAAUCAGCCAUCGGGAGGCCCCUACGGUCUACCAAUAGAUGGAAAGAUGCCUCCAAUCACGAAGACGGUGGAGGCGGACGCAGACGCAGACGCUUGCGUUCUUGUCGUUGCCCUUGGGCUGAGGAACGCUUUUCCUUGGCCGUCGAGGAACCCCAAGAUGUCGUCCCUUUGGACAGCAAAGUCGACCCCUGCCACCGCCUCGUCUGGUGGUGUGGAGUUUGCUGCUGUGAUCGUGGGUGUGACCAACCCCCCGGUCGACUGCGAGAGCGACAGCUUGACAAGAGGUGUGGGGUGUUUGGCGCUGGGAAAUGUCGACAAGCAGGGAAAAACGAACGAGGCUCAUGAUGGGAUGACGAAGAGUGCAGUAGGCAACAUG